AUAAACAUUUUUUAGUGAUUAAAAAUGAUUACUUUGUCGUGGUGCCUUCACUUUUUUUUUUCUUUUAUUUAUUUUUUCCAUUGACGUUUUGGCCUUACCUUAUAAUAAUAAUAAUUAUAUAAUGCGUGCCACUCCUCUCUCCCACAUGUCUCACUCUUUUUUAGUCUCUCACUUUUGUUCACUUUCAAAGUAUUUUCCUUCCUCCAUUCACCAUUUUCCAUUGCUAUCUGUGUUGUGUCUUAUCAGCCAUUCUUUUGUACCGACACUCCUUUUUUUUCCACCGUUUAGUUUCUUUGAUAGAGAAGAAAAAAUCAGUUUGGAAGAGUGAUUGCAGGUAGAAUUGAUGAAAGAAGGUGGUGGGAGAAAGCAGGGUGCAGCUUCACCCUGUGCUGCAUGCAAGCUUCUCAGAAGAAGGUGUGCUCAAGAUUGUGUUUUUGCUCCAUAUUUUCCAGCAGAUGAACCUCAAAAGUUUGCAAAUGUGCACAAGGUCUUUGGUGCUAGCAAUGUCAACAAAAUGCUUCAGGACCUACCAACGCAUCAAAGAGGGGAUGCAGUGAGUAGCAUGGUGUACGAGGCUAAUGCCAGAGUCCGAGACCCAGUUUAUGGGUGUGUUGGGGCCAUCUCUUCUCUUCAGCAACAGAUUGAUGUGCUACAGACCCAAUUGGCCCUGGCCCAGGCUGAGGUAGCCCACCUCAGGGUGAGGCAGAAUAGGUGUUUUUCCAAUCAUGGGCCUAGACCUACAAGCCCAACCAAUACCUUGGACUCACAUGUCAAGCCUAUUUUUGACAUGGACAUGGUGGUGGACCAGGCCAGCUAUGGGAGUUCAAUGUGGUCAUGACUUAUACUUUAUGGUAAUACUAAUUAUUAUUAUUAUUAUUAUAGUAUAGUUAGUAAGUACCUAUUUAGUAGAGCAUAGGAAAAAAAAUAUUGGCCUACACUUUCACUUGGUGGGUGUCGGAGUGGUGGUGCCGGUGGUGACCGGGCACCGUGGUGAUGGAGGAGCUGUGGUGGAGGCCGUUCGCCCGCUUGAUUAAUUUUGGUUUAUGGGAAGGAUUUGUCAUUGAAGGUAAGGUGUAAAUAUUAUUAUUACUUUGUUUGAAUGAGAGAAGUUUAUGAAGUGAUGAUAUGUGAAAUGGUUGAAUGGAAAAUUGUGUUGUUGUUUAAAGGUGUGGUUGAUCAUCUGCAUCCAUCCUAUUCAUCUUUCAUUUAUUCUUUCUCACCCAUCAGCUUCACAUUCAUCAUUCACGGAACAUCUUCAUUACCCUAUCCUGACACGUUUUUCAUCUCCUUUAUCACAAAAAAAAAAAAAAACAAAUAAAUAUUGGAACCCACACAUAUAGAAGAC